GGCGCUCCUGGGCACGUUGCAGCGGGCAGGCUGGGGCUCGAGGUUGGCUUACGCCGCUCUGCCCGCAAUCUUGCACUCCCGCUGAUAACCGUGUGGCCUCCGAAAACAUACUGGCAACCUUCCGAGGGCCAAGAACGGUUCUCGAGUUCAUCACAGCGGCCAGAACAAACCUUACCCGUCGAUGACACGCUCGGCCGGUGCAUGCCUCGUUGCAAAGCCCGCCACGGAUGAAGAUACCGCUCAUCGCUGAUGAACUCGCUUUGGACUCUGCUCGAUUGGAUCUUGCCCUCAGUACGAUUAUCUGACGAUCUGGAGGACCGUUACCUGACCGACGACGGUUACUCCGUGGCCUCGACACUCGCCGCACCCAGGAUACGUGGCCAAUACUCACACGAAUUGCGGCGGGACUGGACGAGGGAGCGCGACCGCGAACGAGAGCUGGAUCGCGAACGCGCACGCAUCGCCAUCGAGGACAGGGAGAAGGAGCGGCAGCGCGCCCAGCUCCUCGAACGCGACAAUGCCGCCCUGCAGCAGCGCAUCGCCGCCCUCGAGCGCGACCUCCAGUCCGCCCGCCAGUCCCUCGCCACCUUCUCCGUCCUCUCCUCCCCAGCCCCGCCCACAAACGCCCUCAGCGCACAGCCCCGCAUAUACCACACACCCUCCCCCAAUCCCGUCGACCUGCGCACAUCCUACGACUCCCUGCUGUCGUCGUACAAGAUGGCCCACCGCGCCCUGCAGGAGCGCACGGAGGAGGUCGCGAGUCUCAAGACAUUCCUCAGCAAGACAGACGAGUGGUCUGGUGCACAGCUCCUCCAGGCCCUACGCGACCUCAACGCAGAGAUCGUCCAGCUCGCUGCGUCUGCGGCGGAAGAGUUUGCCUCGGCACUGGACCGCCGCGUCGACCUCGUCCGACAGUCGGACCGCGAGCUCCUCAGCAGCGCCAUUGGCCCUGUCAUGACGAACCUGCUUGUGACGCGCGACCAUUCCACCGACCCGACGCUCGUGCAGUUCGCCAUCCAGGCAUGGGAGGUGUUCUGCGUCGGCCGCAUAAUGAACGCCUUCUGCUUCGGUCUCCCUUACGACAUCGACCAGUUCCUUGGGAACCUCUUCGAGCAGAUGAACCGAACAGAGCCACAAGCCGCCGCUUCACGCUGGCGAGCCCUCACCAACAGUCACUCGCGCCGCUUCCUCCCCCAACGACCCGAUGCGCCACCCAACUCGCCAUCCGCCCCUAUCUUCCAGCUCAACGACACCAACCUCCGGGGGCUCCUCGCCAUUCUCGCGCUCUCCGGGUGCACCGACAGCCGCGGCGUGCACCGCGACCCGCUGCGCUCGCGCUUCGGCGCCGCACUAGCGCGCAUCAGCGAGCGCGCAGAGAUCAUCGCCCGCGCGGUCCGGGAGGGCGUGAUGAGCAACGUAUUCGAGGUCACCUGGGUGAACCCCGGGAACGUGGGCAGGAAGGACAAGGACGAGCGGUGGUUCGACUGGGCGGCGAUGGAGAACGUGUAUGCGGGCCAUGGAUCGGAGCGCAGCAAGGUGCUGUGUACCGUCGAGUUCGGCCUCGUAUGCAUCCGGCACGGGUCGUGGCCUGAGGCGAAUGGCGGGCCGAAACCCAACGGGAGCGCGUCCACCGGUGUGAAUGGCAAUGGUGUUGCGGCGAAUGGUGGGCCUGAGGGCCCGCUGACCCGCAGCGUGCUGCUGAAGCCGAGAGUGCUCUUGGAGUCGGUGAUGGACAUACUAUGACCGCCUCUGUACUUAUAGCCUGCUACCUGUCGCCCUGAAACGCCAUGCCCACAUACCCGGUGAACACUGCGCGGACUCUAGGGCGACCACCUGGCGAGAAUGCGAUUCUCGCCCUCAACGUCAGUGUUGCGUCCGUGACACGGUGCCCUUCCAAAACACCUCCGAGACACCUUGACUACAUCCUACCAUCUUCUCUAUCCUGCGUCCCCUACCUGCUCUCGGAAAAUAAACCGUCACCUUGAUGAUGCGACGACACACGGGUUAUUUGUAUUGUGCUUGGAUCCUUGCUAUCUACUGUUGUUUAUGCUACUGUAUACCUCUGUAUCUAAUGUGUACUACACUGUUGUCGAACUUGAUACAGUUGUACAAGAAUGUCCUGCUGGCCGUAAGCGCGUGGUUCAAACGUAGAUAUCAUGUUCGCCGGGUAUGUUUU